AUGAGGCUCAACGACGCCAGAGACCUCGCUCGCUCUCCUCUCGCCGUAAGCAUAUUCAAUUUUCGAGCUAUUGAGCGAAAUCUAAGACAUGCUCUCAAGCCGGCGUACGAAGUUCUAUUUGAGCGGCUGAACACGCAUCCCUGCGGGUUGAAGUUCUUGUCCAUUCUUCGAGCAGAUAUGAUAUCCAUUGUCGCGUAA